GGCAUUUUGUAGAAGAUUGCGUCUUGAUCCUGAAAGAGCACAUCAGGCCGCUUGCUUUUUCUAUGUCACCCAAGAUGAAAAAGGAUUAAAAGCUGUCAAAAACCUUUUAAAUUCAUUCCUUUGCCAUCUUCACCUAAUACAAUCAAUAGAACUAGUAAAUAUUCAAGAAUUAGACAACAUCCUUCAGGGAACUGAAAUAGUAGAAAAAAUUAUGGUUGAAAUGAUUUUUUUUCAAGUAAUCAAUGGGACCUCUAUUGGCUUUCUUAUACAAGAAUUAAGUUAUAUUGAUCCCAUACAAGUCACAAUUGACCCACGACCUUAUUCACAAACUGACACUUUGGAAAAGAAAUUUGAACAAACCUUUCAGAAACUUCUACAAUCAACUAGAUAUAGAUCUCGUUGA